AUCUUUUAGUUAUCUCGAGGUAUCAAGGCGGUCUGUGAGCAUCUUGCCACCUCUGAAAAAUGUAGGCCAUUAGCCUUAAAUUUGGCCAACAGCUUCGAUGAAUUUCUAAAGGAUCACAUCGUAUAAGCUCAAACAUGUUUUAAAUCAAAGGGCCGUAUUAAAGCGGAUGGCAGAUUGUGUACAUCAGCAGUGAUACAGCAUAUUUACAGUGGACAGCAUCCACACUGGGAACAGGACAAAAUGGCUGAUAAGAGUGACCUAAAAGCCGAACUUGAGCGCAAGAAACAGCGCCUUGCUCAAAUCAGAGAGGAAAAAAAGAGAAAGGAGGAAGAAAAAAAAAAGAAAGAGUCAGAGACACAACAGAAAGUGGAAGCUGUUCCUCAGGACUCAGAUUUGGACCGCAAGCGCAGGGAGACCGAGGCCCUCCUCCAGAGCAUUGGAAUCUCACCCGAACCUCCAUUAGUCCCGACACCCAUGUCCCCAUCAAAGUCAAUGAGCACACCCAGCGAGACAGGCAGCCAGGACUCGGUUGAUGGAGCAGCUGCUGGCAGAUAUAGGACCUUGCAGUGGGACACUGACCCCUCUGUUCUUCAGCUGCAGGCUGACUCUGAGCUCGGAUGUCGAACACAUAGAUUGGGACCUUCUAAGAUAACUCAGGUGGAUUUCCUGCCCAGAGAGUUGGUGUCCUACUGUAAAGAGACUCAGACACCGCUAGCAGCUCAUCAAUCUGAAGAAGAUGAAGAGGAGGAAGAAGAGGUCACAGAACAGAAAGCUGGCCCAGAAAAUAACCUGCAGGAGGAGGAAGAAAGCAAGGACACAAAGGAAGGCCACCCGCGGGAGCUGACAGAGGAAGAGAAACAGCAGGUUUUGCACUCGGAGGAGUUCCUCAUCUUCUUCGACCGCAGUAUUCGUGUGAUGGAAAGAGCGUUAGCUGAGGACUCCAACAUCUUCUUUGACUACAGCGGACGAGACUUGGAGGAAAAAGAGGGAGAUCUGCAGGGUGGCUCCAGUCUCUCUCUCAAUCGUCUGUUCUAUGAUGAGCACUGGUCAAAGCAUAGGGUCAUCACCUGUCUGGACUGGUCCCCUCAGUACCCUGAGCUCUUGGUGGCCUCCUACAACAACAAUGAAGACGCUCCUCAUGAGCCAGAUGGUGUGGCUUUGGUGUGGAAUAUGAAAUUCAAGAAGACCACACCAGAGUACAUCUACCACUGCCAGUCUCCAGUGGUGUCGGUGGGUUUUGCUCGGUUUCAUCCUAACCUGUUGGUGGGUGGCACAUACUCGGGGCAGAUUGUUCUCUGGGACAACCGAAGUCACCGAAGAACGCCGGUUCAGAGGACCCCCCUGUCCGCUGCAGCACACACACACCCUGUUUACUGCGUCAAUGUGGUCGGCACUCAGAACGCCAACAACCUGAUCACGGUGUCCACAGACGGCCGAAUGUGCUCCUGGAACCUGGAUAUGCUGUCACAGCCUCAGGAGAGCAUGGAGCUUGUUUAUAACAAGUCUAAGCCGGUGGCUGUGACUGGGAUGGCCUUCCCCACUGGAGACGUCAAUAAUUACAUUGUUGGCAGUGAGGAGGGAACAGUGUAUACAGCAUCCAGACAUGGCAGUAAAGCUGGCAUCUGUGAGAUGUUUGAGGGCCAUCAGGGGCCAGUGACAGGCAUCAGUUGUCACAGUGCUGUGGGUCCUGUCGAUUUCUCCCACCUCUUUGUCACCUCUUCUUUUGACUGGACUGUAAAAUUGUGGAGUACAAAGCAAAACAAGCCGCUGUACUCCUUUGAGGAUAAUGCAGACUACGUCUACGAUGUGAUGUGGUCUCCCGUGCACCCCUCGCUCUUCGCCGCCGUGGACGGCAUGGGUCGUCUGGAUCUGUGGAACUUGAACAACGACACUGAGGUGCCCACUGCUAGUGUGACAAUAGAGGGAGCCCCCGCUCUGAACCGCGUCAGAUGGGCCGCAGGGGGCAAAGAGGUCGCCGUGGGAGACUCAGAGGGACGUGUGUGGAUAUACGACGUUGGAGAGCUGGCUGUGCCCCACAGUGAGGACUGGGCCCACUUCGGCCACACGCUGAUGGAGAUCCGUGCCAACCACGGGGACGGUGAGGAGGAGGGGCCUGUGGAGCUGGCCACGUAAACACCGGAUCAGAGUCAUCACCAACCCAGACUGAGCCUGAUGUAACACACCCAAUUAGCAUGUCCACUAGUACUGUGCUGUUUACUUCAAUAAAAGGGACCGUUGAUCCAAAUAAUGAAAUAUUACUAGGGCUGAGAAAAAAUAUUGCAUGAUUUUUUUCCUUCAAACCAGUUAAGUGCAAAUCCUACCCCACAGCGAUUCCAUUUAUCAACUCAAUCAUGCAGUCACCAGUCAAGAAAAGUUCAGAAAUAUCUUCAGUGGAUCAAAUCGAUACAAACAGUAGGCCUAAUGCUAUCAGGAUGUGCUACCAAGUUAUACUGAGCUUAGGGUUUAGGUUGAGGUCAAAGGUUAGUAUUUGAUUUAAUGUUGUGCAGGCAGUCUGAACCGUGAUUUAUAUGACCAAUAUGGUCUUUAGAAUCAGCUACGUGGUGGGGUUUUGUGCAUAACUGGUGUAGGGGGGAAAAAAUCAUGAAUAAAUAUUGAUUUUUCUGAUUAUUUGCUGACAAUUCCUGAAAUCCCAAGAUUAAUCUUUUACUCUGGCUGUCUGAAAUCACAUACUCUCUAAAUAGUUAAGCCUACUUUAAGUAAUUAGAGGCUGUUUAAAAAGUAUGUUCGGUAAAGUAUGGAUGUGUGUAGUAUGAACUUUAUCAAGACAUACUACAUUCGUUGUCAUUGUCAUGUGACCUGCUGGUCUCCUGAGAUAGUAAAGUGUCCAUUGUGCACACUUCAGAAUCUCACUGAAAGUAGGGAACUUUUUUCUCCUACUGUGAAUUCGGGCAUACUACUUUUUUAACAUAGUGUUUUUCGCUAUAUAGUAAGGAAGUAGUUUAUGUGAUUUCGGAUGCCAGAGUGACAAUGUAUUUGCGCUAUCCGUACUGUACAUGUCGCUAAACUAAUUUACCUAAAUGCACAGUUUGGGCCAUGUUGUUAUUUUUUUAAUUUAUAUUUUUCGUAAUGUGCAGGCUAAUAUACGGUUACAAGGUUCUCUGUAUCACUUGUUUUUUGCAUCGCUUUCCAGCAGCUGAGUCUUCAGUGCCACGGCAAAGGAAAUCUGAAUAUGAGUUUGUUGUCUAGAUGACUGUACAGCAAAUUAAUGAGAAACGUCUUUCUACCGAGUUGUCCUUGCGGAAUGCGUGUAAAAUAAGCAUACACGACCAAUGUUGUCUGAAUCACGAAAUUACAUUUAUAAGCUUGAUGUUUUAAUGAUUCAGAAGUGAAGACAGUGCGACUGGUAAAGACCGAUUACCGAAAAGAAUGACUUGAAUGAGCCCGUUCAUUAAUUACAUAAUUUACAGGAUUAGUAAAGAGUGUCUAUCAUAUAUCAGCUAAAUAGACGUUGUAACUGUUUUACUCACCACUGUCUUUCCAUAAUGAACGUGAAUAAUGAACACAUAUUCUUUUUAUGGGAAAGAGCUGCUUAUUUUGUCCUACACUAUAAAGUCAAACAGGUUUGGAAUGACAUGAAAGGUCAUUUUCAUAUUUAGGUGAACUAUCUCUUUAAUGUUGUACUCAUGGGUUUGUUACUAAGCAUUUGAAAUUAGGUUUAAUUUCCGUGAGCUUUUUGUUGUGCGAGAGUUCAUUGUAUUUUUACGUUACGUCUCAUUACCUUGAUGGCAAUUAAUGUUAAAUCAGUUAAUAACAUUUUUGAAAAUGUGCAUUUCAGAAAUGUGAAUUAGAAAUAACCUCCUGCUAGAAAGGCAUCUUCGAUGUUGGUUUGUGGUUAUUUUUAGUAUACUUGAAUAUUGUGUGUAUAUUUUUGUACUGAGCCCCUGCAUGAAGCAUUGACAAAGUAAGUUAUAAGUUGGUGACUGUGUCGGCAAUAUUCACAGUGGCUUUCUCAUCAGUGUUACAGCGAUGCAAGCAGGUAUUGUGUGUAUACUAAAAGAUGUUUCACAUGUUAGAAAUGAUGUUACUGAAAACCAUAACUGUGUGGCUAAAUGAAAAGUGUUGGCAAAUAAAAUAUGCUUCUAGCAACCAUUUUUGUUUGAUCUCCUUUAAUAAAUCUGUCCAUCAGUGCAUCUAUUGAUAUACCAUACUUACAGUAAGGCACAAUGUUUACACACUAUAUGUACAAUCAACUCUACUCCUGUACAGCUCAAUUUAGUCUUCACAUCAUUUUUAAGGGGUUGAGAAAUACAGUACCCAGACUGACAAACAUGUGUAAAACCUUACUGAGGCGUCUCAUUUCACAUUGACCAUAAAUUGCCACUGCGUGUAGAUUCCCAACACACAAAUGUAACGCUAUACAAACAUAAAUAUGAAAUACAUUCAAAUAUGAGUACACAUCAGUAAUGAAAUGAACUGCCUAAUGAGUGCUAUGUGCUUAGUUUUAUGGUAAAAGGAGGAGAAAAGAAAAUGUAAACAGUUGCACAUCUAUCAUUUAAACAAUACAACAUGGUCAUUUCCAACUGGAUAUGCUUGUACUGUUUUAAAACCCUGCAAUAUGCAUCAAGAGACAUGUUCGUUAAAUAAAUAAACUGUAGUAUAUCUAACUGACCAUUUGAAUUGACUGGUUUGUCCAUAUCCAUUUAGCUGGUUUGCAACAGUUUGCUAAAGGUAAUU